UCUGUUGACUGUAGUGCAUUGUGGAAGUUCAUUUGCAAGACUUUAUAGACAUAAAUGCUUCACGAAUUGUCAAGGGUGUGCUAUUUAAUUUGGUUCGUUGUUUUGUCUCCCAAUUUGGAAGAUUACGGAGCCUGGCACAGAGUAAGAAACAAUCCUGUCACAUUUUUCUGAAAUUUUGCAGCUGCCUGUUUAACUGAAUCCUUACGUAACUCGACUAGCAUAACUUUACAGUCCAGAUACCUGCUGUUCAACACAUUGUACAAGCAGCUUGUGAGGUUAAAAGAACGUUAAGUUGGUGGUUUCUUCUGACGAGUUAUUGGGGAUGUGCAGACUUGAGUAAUGUAUUCAACAAGGUCACAAUUGCGAGGGCAGCAAUGAAAAACACUGUCUAGAACUGAUAUUUGAAAUGUUACCGGAAUUAUUAAAGGUACUUCAAUAAUACCUUAUUCGAAUAUAUAGUAUAGAGAGGCAGUUUGCUUCAAUUCCAGCGCUACUAAGCACUUUUCGGUUUGGAUGACGCUAAAGAUAAAAGGGCGGGGCCCCUGUCGGUGACGUCAGAUUCUGGUUAUUAGGCAGUUCGACACCGCCCCGCCUGAGAGAAACGGAGUGCGAGAAAGAAGAGGCUGAACUUGCUUAAUCCACUCAAACAUGGCCGGCUUCUCAGCCUGGUUCUGGAACGAAAGAUUCUGGCUCCCUCACAACGUUACUUGGGCCGACUUGAAGAACACCGACGAUGCCGAGUAUCCGCAAGCUGGUGAUUUGCUCUUCGCUUUCCCGCUUGCAUUUGGCAUCUUCCUCGUUCGUCUGGCGUUCGAGAGGUUCAUUGCCAAACCAUGUGCCCUGAGCCUUCGAAUCCAAGCAAAUGGACCACGCAGAGCACAGCCCAAUGCUAUCCUAGAAAAAGUCUUUACAUCAAUUACUAAGUCUCCUGAUGAGAAAAGACUUGAAGGCCUGUCAAAACAGCUUGACUGGGAUGUCCGCAAAAUUCAGCGUUGGUUUCGACAUCGAAGGAAUCAAGAUAAACCAAGUACCCUCACAAAAUUUUGUGAGAGCAUGUGGAGACUUGUAUUUUAUUUCUAUAUAUUCUUCUAUGGAGUGAGAUUUCUAUGGAAGACUCCCUGGUUCUGGGACACACGACAUUGCUGGUAUAACUACCCCUAUCAGCAACUGGUGUUUGACAUGUAUUAUUAUUACAUAAUGGAGUUGUCGUUCUACUGGUCACUGAUGUUUUCACAGUUUACCGACAUUAAAAGAAAGGACUUUCUUAUUAUGUUUCUCCAUCACCUUGCGACAGUUGGAUUAAUCACCUUCUCUUAUUCCAACAACAUGGUGCGAGUUGGAACACUUGUCAUGUGCCUUCAUGACGCAUCUGAUUUCUUUUUAGAGGCUGCUAAAUUAGCAAAUUAUGCCAAGUAUCAAAGACUUUGUGACUCAUUAUUUGUGAUAUUUGGUUUUGUCUUCGUCUCCAGUAGGCUUGGCAUUUACCCGUUCUGGAUUUUAAAAACAACACUGUUUGAAAGUUGGGAGAUCAUUGGACCAUAUCCAUCCUGGUGGUUCUUCAAUUUCCUGCUGAUUGUACUUCAGGUUCUACAUGGCAUCUGGUCAUAUCUCAUUAUACGCAUCGCAUAUAAAGCUAUUGUCAAGGGAAAAUCUGGGAAGUGGGACCUUUUGCUUGUCUCUAAGGAUGAUCGCAGUGACAUUGAGAGUAGCUCCGACGAUGAUGAUUCUAUGACCAACGGCACGAGAAGUCAUCAGCACAAUCCCUUGAAAGGAGCCAACAGUACGAAUGGGACCAAUGGCCACCUAACCACUGGAGCAUGGGCAGGAGACCAUGAGUUUGCAUGAACUGUGGAACAUGGAUUAGGCACAGACAGGACAGCUUCAUGGAAAACAACCAAGCACUGGACAGUUUUUUUUAAAUUAAAAAAUAAACUGGGUGUUGCUGCAUGGGGUCUGAGACAGGCUGCCUGCUCAGUAACUUACACCUGCAAAGCGCACAGGUGUUUUUCCUUUAUUCUCAGUGAGUGUGCUUUAGCAAGAUGAGAAAUUGAAAUGCAGCUUUAAAUGGGAAUGGAUGGAGCUAGACCUGAGUUUCCUCUAGACCCAUCUUAUUCCAUUUAACAGCCUGCAGUGCUUUAAAUGGGUUUUGUGCAAUUUGUCGAAUUGCUAAAGGUGUGGUUUACAUUUCAGGCCUGUGUUUUUUGUCGUGUUUCCUCAUUCUAUAUUUUGGCUCUCAUUGGCACAAAGAGGUGGAGACCAGAGAGGGAAAGAACACAAAUUCGAAACCAAGGAGAUUGUGUAAUCCGUCUUGGGUGCUGGUGGGACUUCAAAGGCAGGCAGGCAGGUAAAACCAGUCACUUCAGGUGGAAAAAGUAUUGCUGGAGUGGUGCUUGAAUUCUCACCAAAUCUGGCAUCUUAGGGAAUUUUCUAUAAAGGAAUUGAGUAAUCUGUAAACCCAAAGAAUCAGGAGUUAUGGGCACUGUCCAAAUUGUCUUUUAUUUGUGGUGUCAUUUCACUAUCGACCUAAGUGGUGAAGCACAACUUUGUAUUAAAACACUAGGUUCUGGCUGGCAAGCGAGUGUGUGCGCAUAUGUGUUGUAAACCCUCUUUCAACAUUGGACAUUUGAAGGAGAGAUCUUUUCCCAUUCAUCUGUUAUGUGGUAUUUUGUGUUUCAAGUUAACUUUACUUUGUAUGAAAACAGAAACAAUUUCAUUUUUAGCAAUGUAGUUUGUGAAACCAAAAGGCAGCUACCAUGAUGCUGAUAUUGGGCAGUCUACAGCUGCCAGAUUCCAUUUGCCAUUUAUUGGGAGUGCUGGUUUUUCUGCAGCAGUGUAUUGAUAAUUCCUUGUUUGGAGGCAUAAAAAUAAAGCAAUCCUCUGACCUCCAUUGUUCCCAUUUCAACUUUUAUGAAUGGGAGAGGGUUUGAAAACUAAUUUCUCUCUGACCACCUAGUAAUGGUUCAGUGUUAUAAAUAAUAAUUGUUUAAUUGCUCUCUUAUACUAAGGUAGAGAUUGUCAAUCUUUUUGAGCUGGUGAGGUUCCAGUGAAAUUUAAAUCUCCAUGAGUAAAAGUUUUUUUUUAACUUCUAUUUUUUAAAUCGCCUUCCAA